UACUCAGGCCCUUGUGCUGACAGCAGAGAGGAAGCCCGCAGUGCCAAAGUCUCAUCAACAUCAUCUCUGGCGAGGAUGCCGCAGACAAACAAAUCCAGAAACGCCCUGGCGUGUGACUCUCCAGGCCCGGGCCAGGCAGGAGCCUCAGCAGAAGAAGCUCGGGAGGAGAACCGGGCUUUAGGGGACACAGGAGGGGGAGGAAGAGGAGAGGGGGACAAUGUUGGAGACACUGAGAUAGCCAAGUCCCCAAGUGACCCCAAAGAGUACAGGUACAUCGUGCUGGACAAUGGGCUGCGAGCUUUGCUCAUCUCAGACUUCAGCGACCCGGCGGCAUCUGAAGACGAUAGCUCAGAAGGCGAAGAGGAAGAAGGUGAGGAUGAUGAUGAGUCUGGGGAUGAAACGGAGGGUGAGACUGAGGGGGAGGAAGAAGAUGACGAGCAGGGCAGCGAGGGCGAUGAUGACGAUGAGGAUGAAGGCACCAAGAGGAGGCGAAAUGCAGAGAAGCAGUCUGCAGCCGCUCUGUGUGUGGGAGUGGGCAGCUUUAGCGACCCUAAUGACCUCCCUGGCCUCGCUCACUUUCUGGAACACAUGGUGUUCAUGGGCAGUGAGAAGUAUCCUUCAGAGAACGGCUUUGAUGCUUUCCUCAAGAAGCACGGCGGGAGUGACAAUGCCUCCACCGACUGCGAGAGGACGGUCUUCCAGUUUGACAUCCAGAGGAAAAACUUCAAAGAGGCUCUUGACAGGUGGGCUCAGUUUUUCAUCUGCCCCCUGAUGAUCCGCGACGCCAUUGAUAGGGAAGUGGAGGCCGUCGACAGUGAGUACCAGCUGGCUAAGCCGUCAGACUCCCACAGGAAGGAGAUGCUGUUUGGCAGUUUGGCCAAACCUGGACACCCUAUGGGCAAGUUCUGCUGGGGUAAUGCCGAGACACUGAAGCACGAGCCAAAGAAGAGAAAGAUCAAUGUCUAUAAGCGGCUGCGUGCCUUCUGGAAGAAAUACUACUCUGCCCACUACAUGACUCUGGCAGUGCAGUCUAAAGAGAGGCUGGACACUCUGGAGGAGUGGGUGAGAGAGAUCUUCAGCAAGGUUCCCAACAAUAAUCUGCCCAAGCCUGAUUUCUCCGAUAUGCUGGAUCCCUUUGACACACCAGCCUUCAACAAGCUCUACAGAGUUGUACCUGUUGGGAAGGUUCAUGCUUUAAAUAUUACGUGGGCCCUCCCCCCUCAGGAGAAAUAUUACAGAGUGAAGCCUCUCCACUACAUCUCCUGGCUGAUUGGCCAUGAAGGUACAGGAAGCAUCCUCUCAGUGCUCAGGAAGAAGUGCUGGGCCCUGGCUUUGUUUGGAGGGAACAGUGAAACUGGCUUCGACCAAAACACAACCUACUCGAUUUUCUCAAUUUCCAUCACCCUCACUGAUGAGGGUUACCAAAACUUCUAUGAGGUGACUCACCUGGUGUUCCAGUACCUGAAGAUGCUGCAGACGCUCGGACCACAGCAAAGAAUAUAUGAAGAGAUCCAGAAGAUUGAAGCCAAUGAGUUUCACUAUCAGGAGCAAAUUGAUCCUAUAGAGUACGUGGAGGACAUUUGUGAGAACAUGCAGCUGUUUCCUAAAGCAGACUUCCUAACAGGAGACCAGCUCAUGUUUGAGUUUGAGCCGGAAGUUAUCAGAGCAGCUCUGUCCCUCCUCACCCCAGAGAGAGCCAACUUGAUGCUGCUGUCACCUGAACAUGAGGGCCGGUGUCCCCUCAGGGAGAAGUGGUUUGGCACACAGUACAGCGUGGAGGACAUCGAACAGGAGUGGAUGCAGCGGUGGACUGGAAACCUGGAGCUGAACAGCGACCUUCACCUUCCUGUUGAGAACAAGUUCAUCGCCACUGACUUCACCCUGAAGCCCUCUGACUGCCCUGACACCGAGCUGCCUGUCCGAAUAGCCGACAGCGACAGAGGCUGCCUGUGGUACAAGAAGGACAACAAGUUCAAAAUCCCCAAAGCCUACAUCAGAUUCCACAUAAUCUCUCCUGUAAUCCAGCAGUCUGCUAAGAAUGUGGUCUUGUUUGACUUGCUGGUCAACAUCCUCGGACAUAACCUGGCAGAGCCGGCAUACGAGGCCGAAGUAGCUCAGCUGGAGUACAAACUGGUGGCUGGUGAGCACGGCCUCGUCAUCAAGGUUAAAGGGUUUAACCACAAACUGCCUCUGCUGUUCCACCUCAUCAUUGACCACCUGGCUGAUUUCUCUGCCUCCCCUGGCGUCUUCAGCAUGUUUGCCGAGCAGCUCAAGAAAACCUACUUCAACAUCCUCAUUAAACCUGAGAAACUCGGCAAGGACGUGCGUUUGCUGAUCCUGGAGCACUCCCGCUGGUCCAUGGUGGAGAAGUAUCAGGCUCUGACGGCUGGGCUGAGCAGCAGUGAUCUGAUGGAGUUCAGCCGGAGUUUCAGGGCUGAGCUAUACGCCGAGGGUCUGGUGCAGGGCAACUUCAGCUGUGCUGAGUCACAACAGUUCCUUCAGUAUGUCACUGAAAAGUUGCAGUUCUCCAAGCUGCCAUCAGAGGUGCCAGUGAUGUUCAGAGUGGUGGAACUUCCUCCUAAGAGCCACAUCUGUAAGGUCAAAUCACUCAAUAAAGGAGACGCCAACUCCGAGGUCACUGUGUACUACCAGUCUGGGCCAAAGUCGUUGAAGGAGCACACAAUGAUGGAGCUGUUGGUGAUGCACAUGGAGGAACCUUGCUUUGACUUUCUAAGGACCAAAGAGACUCUGGGGUACCAUGUCUACCCCACCUGCAGGAACACCUCGGGCGUACUCGGGUUCUCUGUCACUGUGGAAACACAGGCCACCAAGUUCAAUACCGAGCUGGUGGAGUUAAAGAUUGAAGAGUUCUUGGCUUCAUUUGGGGAGAAGCUCGAUUCGCUGACUGAGGACGCCUUUAAUACUCAGGUGACUGCUUUAGUGAAGCUGAAGGAGUGUGAGGACACACACCUGGGAGAGGAGGUGGACAGGAACUGGGCUGAAGUGUUGACCCAGCAGUAUGUGUUUGAUAGGCUCAACAAAGAGAUUGUUGCUCUUAGGCAGAUGACCCGGGACGAGUUGGUCUUCUGGUUCAAAGAGCAUCGAGGACAAAACAGCCGCAAACUCAGCGUGCAUGUGGUGGGCUAUGGUGCUGAGGAGAAUGACGAGGAACCUGGUGGUAAAAAAGGAGACGAGGGAAAAGAGGAAGAUUUAAGCAGCUCUGCAUAUGGUGAGGUGUCAAAGCUCACCUUCCUUCCUGCCUCACCAAAGAUGGCGGGCUCUGUGGCCAUCAUGGACAUUCAAGCUUUCAUUAAAGACCUGCCACUCUUCCCGUAUCAUAAGAUACUCGAAUGACCUCCUGCUCAGACUGUGACACAGAUAGAUGGCUGCGCUGUGCCUCCUGCUAAGGGGACUCUGUCACAUUAGAGAUGCAGGCACUUAAAAUGUGAAGGUGAAGGAAGGUUGAAACAGUUUUGGCUCCUCUGUGGACUUGAAUUCUCUCUCAGGAGCCUCAGCUGUAGAUUUUACCCAAACUGUGUGUAGAAAACUCCUAGAGGUGAUAAUAGAGUUUUCUUAACGUGAUAAUCUAUUCUGCUUUCUCCUACAUAAUUAUUUUCUAUCCUCAGACACUGCAAGUGUGAAAACACUGUAUUUCUCUAUCCCAUACUGAGUGAAGAUCACUGGAUCAAAUUCUCAUUAUUUGGCUCUCUAGCCCUGAUGUUAUUACAAAACCAAAUCCCUGUAUAUUCCAGGGUUUAUGUUGGAGCCCACAGUGAGCCUAAUACAAUUUAAAAACACAAACCAACUGUGAAAACUGCAAAAAAUACUAGAUCCUUUGAACUCUGGAAGUGUGUAUUUGAGUGAUUGUGUGCUGGAUUGCAAGCUCUUAUGUGCACUCACUGUUGCAUUAGCUGAGCUGAAUUAUGACAUGGUAGAAAAGUGUGCAAAGAAAUAAAUCAAGGUGUGAUGAGUGGA